AUGUUCAGCUCCUCCCGAGGAGGGGUCCGGGGGGGCCAGGACCAGUUCAACUGGGAAGAUGUCAAGAUGGACAAACAGAGGGAAAACUACCUGGGUAAUUCCCUGAUGGCUCCCGUGGGCCGGUGGCAGAAGGGGAAGGACCUGACCUGGUAUGCCAAGGGCAAGAAGGACACAGCCCCGGCCCUGUCCCGGGAGGAGGAACUGGCUGCCGUCCGCCUGGCCGAGCAGGAGGCCAUGAUGGCUGCCCUGGGCUACAAGAACGUGAAGAGGCAGCCCACUGCCCUGAGCAAGGAGGACCUGGCCGAGGUGUGCAAACGUGAAGGCGCCGAGCGGGACGAGAAGGACGUAGAUCGACUGGUGGGCUUGGGCAGCUCCAGCAGCAGCGCCGGGCGGGUGAUGCUCUCCAAGGAGGACAAGGAGGCAGCCAAGCUGGGGCUCUCUAUCUUCACGCACCAGAAAGUCUCCAGCAGCCCCGAGAUGUCUGGUUCCAAGAAGAAGCAAGAGAAGGAGGAGAAGGUGGAGGAGAAACGCAAGAAAUCCAAAAAGGAGAAAAAGAAGAAGAAAAAGAAGAAACAUAAGAAGGAGAAGAAGAAGGACAAGCACCACAAGAGGGACACUGCUCCAUCAUCCUCUGAUUCUUCUUCAGACCAGGAUGAGAGGUGGCUGGGUUGGGAUGAAGCCCGGGUGGCACCACGGCAGGAAAGCCCAGCAGCAGCACCCGGAGACACGAAGAGGAGCCGGAGCCGCUCCCCUCCAUCCCGUGGGGGCCGGCAACGCCACGACACCGAUUCGGACUGA